UAUCAUAUCGCACUAUCACUGUUUUAGCUAUCUCUUUGCGGUUGUCAAUUUUAAUCAAGUUUCUUUCAUUGUCAUUCAGUUGUACAGCCGUUGUGUUAGUAUAAACACACCCUUCUUUUCAUUGUAAUUAUUUAAGUACAGAAGAAAUUGAAAUUCCGGAGCAACAUGUCGAAGAUAAAGGCUGGACCCGUCGUUGACAUCCUUGGCGAUGAAAUGACAAGAAUUAUCUGGGAUCUGAUUAAAAAUAAGCUUAUUUUACCAUUUUUAGACAUUGAAUUGCACACAUAUGACUUGGGCAUGGAAUAUCGUGACCAGACAGAUGAUCAGGUCACCAUUGAUUGUGCUAAUGCUAUAAAAAAGUACAAUGUUGGUAUUAAAUGCGCCACCAUAACACCUGAUGAAAAAAGGGUGGAAGAAUUUAAAUUAAAAAAGAUGUGGAAGAGCCCUAAUGGAACUAUCCGUAAUAUUCUUGGAGGUACUGUAUUUAGAGAGGCUAUUAUUUGCAAAAAUAUUCCUCGUCUUGUAACUGGUUGGGAAAAACCAAUUAUCAUCGGCCGUCAUGCUCAUGCUGAUCAGUACAAAGCAACAGAUUUUGUUGUACCUGGUGAAGGUAAACUUGAAUUGAUUUGGACACCUCCAUCAGGAGAGCCAAUCAGACAAGUUGUGAAUGAUUUCAAGGGCGCUGGUGUAGCUCUUGGUAUGUUUAAUACUGAUGCAUCUAUAAUCGACUUUGCUCAUUCGUCAUUCAAAUAUGCUCUGGACAGGAAGUAUCCACUUUAUCUGAGCACAAAGAAUACCAUUCUUAAAAAGUAUGAUGGUCGUUUCAAGGAUAUUUUCCAGGAAAUAUAUGAUAAGCAGUACAAAGCGCAAUUUGAAGCUGCUGGCAUCUGGUAUGAACACAGAUUGAUUGAUGAUAUGGUUGCCUACGCAAUGAAAUCAGAGGGUGGCUUUGUAUGGGCUUGCAAAAAUUAUGAUGGCGAUGUACAAUCUGAUUCAGUAGCUCAGGGUUAUGGAUCUUUGGGUCUUAUGACAUCUGUUCUUAUUUGCCCUGAUGGAAAAACUGUUGAGGCUGAAGCAGCUCAUGGCACUGUGACCAGGCAUUACAGAUUCUAUCAACAAGGAAAGGAGACCUCCACCAAUCCUAUUGCUUCUAUCUUUGCAUGGACCAGAGGUCUUUUACAUCGUGCCAAACUGGAUAACAAUCAGGAACUUAAGAGAUUUGCUGAAACUCUUGAAAAUGUUUGUAUUAGCACAAUUGAAUCUGGUGUAAUGACUAAAGAUCUUGCUAUUUGUAUCAAGGGCAUGAACAAUGUACAGAGAUCAGACUAUUAUGAAACCUUCGAAUUUAUGGACAAACUAGCCGAAAAUCUUAGAAAGAGUUUAGGCAAGUGACUAUCUAUUCAACAGUCGAAAUGUAAUCUAUAAGAUUUUUAUCUUAUAAAAUCAUUUAUUUUUGGCAUAUGGGUAUAUAGGGAAGGUAUUUUUUUUACUUAACUAAAGCAGUUAUUUAUUUGUAUUUUAUUUUUUUCAAUAAAUGUAUUAUUUUACAGAG